AGUGCAGGGGGGUAAGCUGGCAGCUUCAGCAGAGCGUGAUGUCUCUGCGCAGCGCAACGUCACCUGCCGCCGAUUGCCGCUUUUGCAUCUUUUCGGCCUCAGAACCAUCACCGCACUCACACCUUACACACACACACACCAACGCACUGCAUUGCGCACCCCAGCAGCCAUGAACUGUCAAAGGACACUGUUCCGAGCCCUGAGAGCCGUUCCUCGGCAGCAUGUCAGAACCUUCACGAACUUCCCAAGCUUCCCCAUUGGAGGAGGUGGCGGCGGCGGCAACAGCCCGCCUGUCGCAAACAUCCCUAUGCCUUACAUCACCGAAGUCUCGUCCAAUGGCUGGAGGACAUACGACAUCUUCUCCAAGCUGCUGCAGGAACGAAUUGUCUGCCUCAACGGCGCGAUCGACGAUACCGUCUCGGCCUCAAUAGUCGCACAGCUACUAUGGCUCGAGUCCGAUAGCCCCGACAAAGCAAUCACCAUGUACAUUAACUCCCCGGGCGGCUCAGUCUCAUCAGGACUGGCAAUCUACGAUACGAUGACAUAUAUCAAGUCGCCGGUGUCAACGGUAUGCCUUGGCGCCGCGUCGUCGAUGGCAGCGCUGCUUUUGACGGGAGGCGAGGCGGGCAAGAGAUACGCACUGCCGCACAGCUCCGUCAUGAUCCACCAGCCGCUCGGCGGGACGCAGGGCCAGGCGUCGGACAUUCUCAUUUACGCGAACCAGAUCCAGCGCAUCCGCAAACAGAUCAACGAGAUCAUGAAGCGGCACAUCAACAAGUCGUUCGGCCAAGACAAGUACAGCCUCGAGGAGAUCCACGACAUGAUGGAGCGUGAUAAGUACCUGACGGCGGAGGAGGCCAAGGAGAUUGGCGUCAUUGACGAGAUACUGACGCGGAGAGAGGAGAAGGACCUGAAGGAGAAGGAUUCGACGGACGAGAAGAAGACCAAGCCGUAAAGGCUACCAUAGCACUGGCCUGAGGGGAGCUAUCACGCCCUGGACGAACUGCUCAGACCGUCUGGGCCAGACAGCGACUGAUGUAGCAGAGCUGCGAUUGAAGCAGUGGGUGGCAGUUAUGGAGGCAGCAUGUGCGUUGCCGGGUAGCUGCACUCCACAUACGGCAGAUUCGGCCUGUAAAAGCGGGGCGCAUCCGGGACCGGAAGUGAUCUGGGCUUAGCGGAAAUAAGUAAGUACAGGAUGGGAGAUGACAUUGUAGAAACACCUGCUCGGAGACUCAUCAACGUCUAGCUGGGCAACAGUUCCAAGGACGAUUAUACGAUUAAAGAGAGUGGCUAAAGUUAGCAUUAGUAUCCCUAGUGUGCAAGCCAUAUACCUACCUACCUACCUACCUGUACUUUGGGAUGGCCUGACAUUGCUCACCGUCGCUGACUGCACCGGCGCCGGUGGCUCACCUU